AUGUCCACACCUGCCAGCGGCCGAAAAGUCAAGUUUGUCGCCACUGAUCCAUCUCGCGGCGGCCUGCCUUUGAAGCGCAAACAGGUCCAGCACGCCUGCGAGUCUUGUCGCCGCAAAAAGCGGAGAUGUAUCCAUGCAGAAGAUGCGCCCGAUGACGCUUCGCCAGAGGACAGCCGUGGCGCGGAUUCGUCGCCGUCCCACGCCUCACCCAACAACAUCGGCCGCAGCGUCACGCCAGUGAGUCGCGUCUCACUGCCGCCGCCAGUCGCAAAUGCGAAUGGCAUCCUUGGACGCCCGCAAGAGCAGUCUUUUCAGCCACCCAAUCGCCCAAAUGGAAAGUUUCAGCGUCCACAUCAAGAUGGGUCAUUCCGGACGCGCUCCUCCCGCUUUGUCGGCGACUUGAACCCCGAGGGCAUGUUCAUCGAGGCUACAGCCUCCGUCUCUGCGCGUGAGUCGUCUCAAAAGGGUGACGUUGGGAUAUGGCUCCCUGCGGGCGGCAGCCAGUCGUCGCAGUUCAUCACCUCUCGACCACCGCCGAUAAUGGACAGGUUUCUCCUGCCCUUUGUCAAAGAGCACUGCCUCUCAUGCCUGCCCCCCGAUGACGACUACGCAAAGCUCAAAGCCACAUUCAUCCAGAAGAUUCACCCCAUCUUUCCUGUGCUCCCCCUAUCCUCUCUCAACGAGCCUGCAAUUAACCCCACAAGCAUCAUUCAACGUCAACUAGUAUGUCUAGCCGCUGGAAGCGACCCAGACAUGACACAAUUCCUGCGACUGCAGAACAAGGGCGGCGUCUUGUUGUCUCCGCAGGAUUAUUCGCAAGCGCUGUCCUCGUCCGUCAGAGCUAUUCUGGAAACGUCCCUCAUUACCGACCGUGUGGCGCAUAUUCAAGCGCUGGCAAUGCUCUCGUUCUAUGUUCAACCAACAUGCGCCGAGGAGGCAGAUUUGCCCGCGCAAUUGGGCGGCAGGGCUAUUCACCAUAUCCAAACUCUGGGCCUUCAUCUGCUCCGCUAUGACGCACCUAAUUGCGAUGAUCUCAACAAUUUAUUCUGUGCAGUCUGGGCGCUAGAUCGCAUCAAUGCCGCAAUGUAUGGCCGCCCCUGCCUGAUGCAUGAGAGAGACAUCGGUGCCGACCUAGACGCCUGUAUUCGCAAGCGACCGCCUUGCUUUCGACUUUUACUAUUCGUCAUCCAGUGGCUCGAUCAGGUCGUGGAGCUCUAUCGACCAGGACCAAGCGAAGAAGCUUCUGGUGUCGACAAGGUGGCCUACAUCGACUUGCCAGUCCUGGAAGCAAUGAUUGUCAACGCGGACGCUCUCAAGGUAUCUUCCUCAUUAAUAGCUACAAUCGAAACAUUUUACCAUGCCGUCAUCAUCCUGUCUUGCCGACUACCCAGGCCAGGCACAGCACCCGCUGCUUCCACUCUCCCUCCUCCUUCAGCCAACGCCCGCCGGUCUCUGGCAGCUGACAGAAUUGCUUGCGCAGUUCCGCGAGACUGUCUCAGCCCGGCGCCGUUUGUUCCUUACGCCGUCUCGCUCGCCUUGAGUGUUGAGUAUCGGAAGAUGCGGCAUAGUCGACUGCCCAUGUUCCGUGCCAGGGCCAUGAGUUCCUUCAAGCGAAACUGCGAGCUGCUGCGGCGCUACAGCAACCAUUUUUGGAAUGCAAAUGUCGUCGCAGGGCUUGGGGAGCGAGUGCUGAAAGAGAUGGAAAGGGCAGCGACCACGCUCAACAAGGACCACACGCCUCCUGUUGCCGCCGCCGAGUCCACCUUAAUUACCAGCGCCCAGACAAUGCCGACGCCAGGGAUCACGGAGUUGCCUCUGCACGAUCCGGACGGCGUGAAUGCAGCAAUUGAUUCGGCUAUUGGCAUGGACAACACUGUCAACUUUUCCCUUGUGGACCCUGUGUCAGGCCAGGACGUCUUCGGCCACAUUGAUCCAAGCUUCAAUCUCGACGCUGUAGAGGACGCUCUGGAGGCGAAUUUGGACAUAGGCCUGCCAUUUACUUGGGGCGAUUGGGGUCAUUACGCAACCUGA